UAAUGGAGCCGAAACUGAAGUUGAUCUACGUGGACGCCAAGGCGUUGGCCGAGCCCAUCCGCUUUCUCUUUGCCUACGGAAAUUUAGCCUAUGAAGACUACCGAAUCAGCCAUGAGGACUUCAAGAGCGACAAGAGCCGUUUUCCAUACAACAAGAUUCCAAACCUGGAGAUGAACGGCAAGGUGGUGCACCAGAGCAUGGCGAUCGCACGCUAUUUCGCCAAGCAGGUUGGACUGGCCGGCGCCGACCUGAAGGAGGAGCUGCUGAUCGACAUGGCCGUCGACACGCUCGCCGACUACAGAGCGCAGCUGGUCGAUUUCUUCUACGACACAAACGAGGAGUCUAAGAGGAGGAAGAAGGAGCAAGCCUUCCAGCUCUUCCUGCCCUUCUACCUGCAGCGCCUCGAGCAGCAGGUCAUCAACAACGACGGCUACUUGGUCAACGGAAAGCUAUCGUGGGCGGACGUGGUGUUAGCCGGGGUGCAAGACUAUGUCAACUACAUGGCCGGCUAUGACCUUCUGAAGGACUACCCUGCCCUGAAGGCGCUUGAGCAGAAGGUGUUGAAGAUCCCGGCCAUCAAGUCCUGGGUCGACAAGCGCCCCGACACAAUCAUGUGAUUGCGCAUUCAUUAAAAGAUAUAAGCUCCCUCGCCACUCACAA